AUGAGAAACUUGCGUGAGCGGGAGAUGCGUUUUGCUGAUGGUUGCAAAGCAAUGACUGUUUUUCGUAGGAAAUUGACUCAUCUAAAAGCAAGAGCCUGUGACCUUAUCAAACUCAUCAAUGGAAGAAGUCAAUGGAACAUAACUGAGGAACAUCGGAUAUCUGACAUUUUCCCCUGGCAGACCUCUGGAUACAGUGAGAACUUAUUGUUUUCAAAAAAAUAUUUUUGUUUAUUCAUUAUUAAACAGCUCGUUUUUUGUUGUCUCGAAGCAUCCGUCGCUGAAGACUUUCAACUAGUUGACACAUGGGAGCUACAUAAGAGAUUCCAAGAAGAAGAAUUUCAAACGAAGCGGGAAAGGGUUUCAUUCAUUUCUAGAACGUGCGAAGGAUUAAAGAUUUUAGAAAGUGACAUCGAAAAACUUUCAAACGAGCACAACAAACUGUCUCAAGGAAAAAUCAUUCUAAAGAACGCUGAAAUCAAGCGUUUAAAACUGAUGUUAAACGAUGCCCUUUUUUCCUUUGACGUGGAGUUUGAAUUUGAUGAAGAUGCGUUGCUGGAAAUGGAAUAUGAAGAGGAAGACAUUGCCUUAGAACGAAUAUUCGACGAAGAAGAAUUAAAUGAUACACACGAUCAUUACGAUAUUGACGACAGUAUGUCUGAAUAAUUUUUUUAACGAUUUGCCUUGUAUGUAUCGAGAAAGGUUUAAAUACAACG